AUGUGUCAAGAUAUGACAUCUUUCUAUGUUUAUUUUGAAGCUUCAUUAGCUCCUUUAUUUAUUAUGAUAGGUUUAUAUGGUGCAGCUAAUAAAGAUAAAGCAGCUGAUUAUAUAUUAAUAUAUACUUUAUUCUCAUCUUUAUUUAUGUUAUUAGCUAUUGCUUUAUAUGAAGUUAUUUUAGAUAAUACUGACUACCAAGCUACUAGCUUAUUAGUUUUAUCUAUUGAUUUACAAUGUAUUUUAUUCUUAGCUAUAUCUAUAGGUAUUGCAGUUAAAACACCUUUAGCUCCAUCUCCUUUAGCUGGUUCUAUUUUAUUAGCUGGAGUAAUAUUAAAAUUAGCUGUUUAUGCUAUAAUUAGAUUAAUAUUACCUACUUUAUCAGACGCUACUGUUUUAUAUACACCUUUAGUUUAUGUUUUAUGUGUUAUAACUAUAAUAUAUACAUCAAUUAUAACAUUAAGACAAACUGAUUUAAAAGUUAUAAUUGCUUAUAGUUCUAUAUCUCACAUGGCUGUUUGUAUAUUAGGUAUAUUAUCUAAUAGUAUAACAGGUAUAACAGGAAGUUUAAUCUUAUCAAUAGCUCAUGGUUUUGUAUCACCUGCUUUAUUUAUUAUAGUAGGAGGUAUAUUAUAUGACAGAUAUCAUAAUAGAUUAAUACAUUAUUUCCAAGGUUUAAUAACAUAUAUGCCAUUAUUAUCAGUUUACUUUAUUAUAUUAAGUUUCUGUAAUGUAGGUACUCCUUUAUCUAUUAACUUUAUUGGAGAAAUGUUAUCAUUAACAGGUGCUAUUAAUAGAGCUCCUAUAUUAGGUGCUUUAGCUGCUAUAUCUGUUUUAUUAUCUGCUUCAUAUCAAAUGAAAUUAACUAAUAGAUUAACAGGAGGUGUUAAAACACCUUAUGUUUCAUUAACUGCUGAUUGUACUUAUAGAGAAUCUUUCUUAAUGUGA